CAUCACUUGAGGUAAAGGGUGGAGGUACAGGCCAACUAUGACCGUGUUUGUGCGCCCGGAAGCGAGCUAUCACAAUUUCGAACGAGAAAAACUUCUUUCGUACAAAGGCAGUGAAGCAAUCGAAAACGGUUAUGGCACAAAAGAAGCACCACCGCUGUGUGUUAAGCAUACAUCUCGGAGUAGAAAGGCCAGUGUGAUGCUGGCGUGCCUGGUACAACAGUUUGUCUGUAUCGGUAUGGGCUUCGGCUUUAGUGUCAUGUUCGCCGAGCUGGUCCCCGCCUUAGGCGUGACACGGUCUGUCGCCUCGCUUCUGGAGGCGGCGUACUUCUGUGCCGUCAGUGUUGGAGGAAUUUUCUUUACGUCAAUAAUACGAAAAGUUGGUCCGGGUCGCAGCAUCAUCCUUGGUUCAACUGUUGGCAGUAUUGGGAUAUUUGCUAGUGGAUUUUCUCCAAAUAUCACUGGAAUCAUUAUACUGUCUGGAGUACUAGCAGGCCUGGGCAUGAGUAUAUGUUUCCUGUCGGGGUAUGUCGCCGUCAGUUGGAUCUUCCAGGACAACGCUAGCCUGGCUCUCGCCGCUCUCACCAUUGGUUCAAGUGUUGGUCAGUUCGCGUUUCCCCUGUUGUUUGAGGUGACCCUUGCGGAGUACACGUGGCGCGGCUCGUUCAUGGUGAUGGCGGGGUUUCCUCUCCAGUGCAUUGUCUGCGGCGUCGUCGUGUACGGCUCUCGGGAAUACUUCGUCACCGGGGAACAGGUCGCCGCACAAACAAACACGGCUGAAAUGAAAGGUGUAAACCAUCCGAGCCGUAACGCGUAUGGCACUCUUCUGAUGGACGGCGUCGUAAUCCUCGUCCUCUUCAACUUCUUUCUGCUUUCUCUUACAGGUAACUGCGAGGCGUGGUUUAUCGUGGACAUGUUGAUGUCGCGUGGUAUGACGAGAGAGGCCGGGUCGGUGGCAGCCUCAGCCAUUGGUCUCGCAAACGUGAUGGGCAGGCUAGCGGCCACGGUCACCAGAUAUAAACUGCCGAAUAUACCGACUAUCUACCACUGGGUAUAUAUAUGUCCCUUAACAGCGAUAACGCAUGUCCUCGUGGUGAAUGUGUACCAAUAUGUGUCUAUUGUUGGCGUCUGUAUCGUGUAUGGCAUACUGUACGGGAUAACGGUGGCUCAGGGGCCAUCGAUCAUGUUUGACGUGGCGGGGCUACAACGCUACCCGCAGGGGAUGGCGCUCAUUAAUGUCAUGUAUGGGGUAGGGGAUGCUCUCAGUGCGGUCCUAGGAGGUUACGUGAAGGAUACGACUGGCUCGUACGGACUUGUGUUCUAUAUCGCUGCUGGAGCGAGUGUCUACACUGGUGUAUCCAGCUUCAUCUGCGCAUACUUUGUGCGCAAAAGGAUUGUCAACAAACCGAAAGGUGCAAUAACUGUGAAACGUGAAACAAGAGAGCGCCUUAUUUCCUCCACUAUGAUUCACCCAUAGCAACUGUUACGUUUCGACUUUUUUGUAAUUAUACUCAUAUUGAAUACUUUUGUGAGCAUAUGAAAUUAGCAUUGACAACAUAGUAUGCACUUAUUUGUUCCACUAUACCUGUUAUUCUUGUUAUGACGUGCAACAUACGUGUAUAUAUAGACAUAUAUAAAUAUAUGCCAUUUAUUCCGUCCAUAUGCAAUAGUGUAUUGUCGAAUGUAUUAUAAUAGUACUUGA